AUGACUGAUCAAGAAAAAGAAGAAGCUUCAGUUUCAUUAACCAUAUCACACAACAAGAUAUCAACCUAUCAUCAUUCAAUCUUACUUCAAACUACACUCUAUCAACUUUGUCAUUCUAUCAUCGGAUCCAAUUUAUCAUCAUCAACUCUAUUCAAACUAAUCAUCAAGGGUAGAAAGAACACUCUAAGCUCUCCUGGUUCAGAUGACUCAAAAACACUUCAAUCUCUUGGUUUCGAAGACAAACACUACAAGAUCUUAUUGGUGACCUCAUCAUUAGAAGACGUACAAAAAACUGAAGAUCAUGAGAUUCUAAAACAAAAACGUGCUGCAGCAAAACUAGCAGCAAGUAUUAAACCCAUCACUCUUCGAACUACACCUGAAAGAAAUCAAACUCCUUUUCGAUUUUAUCGAAUUGAAACUUUACCUAAUCCAGAAUUCGAAACCGAACGUCGAGAGCUUUUAGAAAGACUUGCAUCAGAUCCAUCUGUGAAGAAAGUGAUGGUCGAACAUCAAUUCACCGUCGUUCAUCUUGGUGAAUUACAUCCUGUGAUUCAUCCUACAAUCUUAGGUGUCAAUGAGAAUAGCGGACAAUCAAUUAAACUCAGAUUACUUACGGAUCGAUUGGACGGGCUCAGAUCUUAUGCGAUGGUCAGAAGAGUACUUUGUCACGAGCUAGCCCACAAUCGAUUUGGACCUCAUCUAAAUGACUUCAAGGAACUCGAUUCAUCAAUUAAUCGAAUGAUGUUAGCACACGACCGUCUGCUUCUUGCCUCCUCUCAUCGACUUGGUGGUGAUCUAGGGCAUCAUUAUCAACCUGAGCAAGAUAUCAGUUAUCAUUGCUCAACUUCACCUCGGACUACCACCUCAAACCCUUUGAACGCCCCUGGUCAUCAACUGAACGAUUUAGAGGCUGAAGAAAUAGAACAACCCACGGACCCCAAACAAGCUGCGGCAGCAGCUGCUCUUAAACGAGCAGCUUCAAAAUCUCCUCAGUAAUUUUCCUAUAUGGUCUCAUCUCUUUAGCAUCAUUCUUAUCUCGAAGUCAAUUAUUUCACUAUUGAUUUUUUAUCAUUGUAUAUUUCAUGAUUGAUGCUCUUGUAUGUCUCUUAUCUACCUGUCGUUUGCGAACUGGUCAUGUAACAAUAUAUCAAUUCUGUAUCUUUCAUCUUGUUGAUCUUUCCUUACGUUCUGGUGUCUAAAUACCGAUUAUUUCGCAUUGGAAUGCACUUUUGAUUUCUCUACGAGCUUAUUAUGAU